AUGGUUGCGUAUCCGGAGGCCAAGAUCAUUCUCGUAGAAAGGGAUGUCGAGGAUUGGUAUAGGAGUUUUGAUGCAACCGUUGUCACGGAGCUUUUUAACAAAGUCGCCGAUGUCAUUGUUGGUUACAUCGAGCCGUUGAUUGGAAGCCAGAUUGGGCCCAUGGGUCGGAAACUACUUUACAGAUACUUUCACGCCAAUACUCCGGAUGAGUUGCGCCAGAAUGCUCGUAGCGUUUAUAAAGAGCACUACAGGCGGAUCAGAGAGGCUGCGCCGAAGGGAAGGUUGCUGGAGUAUCGUUUGGGUGAGGGAUGGGGGCCAUUGUGUGAUUUCUUGGGCAAAGAUGUGCCAGAGGGGCUGCCUUUUCCGAGGAUCAAUGAGGCUGCUGCUUUGAAGGCGAGAGUCCGCGAGGUUCAGUGGGAGAAGUUCAAGGCAGGGGGCAUGGCGCUGGGCAAACAUCUUGUGCCGGCUGUGGUGAUUGGUAUUGCGAUGGGGUAUUGGUAUCGGAGGUAG